GCGAAUCAGCACCUUUCGCGCCGCGGGCAAUAAUAUGCGAUAUUGCCCGCAAAAAAAUAGUUUAUUUGCCCGCAAAAAAAUAGUUUAUUUCAGUGAUCGCGUGACUACGAAGACUGUAGACUCUACGACUCUACGACGAGUCGCAGUGUAGCAUUGAGAAGAUGGAAUUCUUUUUGGAGAUGGACAUCCCGGCAAUGGACAUGGCCUCGGACGUCUGCCGUGUGGUGCUUGCAGGGAUCAUUUGUUCAGUCAUGUUGGCAGCCUGACCGUCGGAUUUAUACACAGCCGUGAUGCCGGGUGACAACAGCUUCCCUGAAAUGUACGGUCUUCCAAAAGACCACAAGUCCAAUAUUCCUCUCAGACCAGUCGUUGCGGCCUGCGGCAGCCCAGUUACAAACAUCUCCAUAGUCCUCGAACGCAUCCUCAAUCAAUGUCUCCAGUUCGUGCCAGCACACCUGGAGAACACUGUUGAAGCACUCCAGUGUAUGAGGAGCGCGUUUCCCAACCUCAAGGCCCCGCCCGGCACCAUCAUUGUGACUAUGGAUGUGGUGGCCCUUUACCCUAGCAUCCCGAUUAACGAUGGCAUUGCAGCAGUCAUGAGAGUCCUCCGACAACACGAGGGCAGCAUCGAUCUGUUCGGUUUCCGAAUUGGGCAGGUCAAGGAGCUCCUCGCACAUGUGCUGAGCUCCAACUACUUCCGGUUUGGAGCGCAGGUGUACCACCAGAAGGAUGGUGUGGCUAUGGGCAAUAACCUAGCGCCCCCCUUUGCCAUCCUGUACAUGCAUGACCUAGAGAGUUCGCUCUUGCGUAGUGCACCUGCCAGCCCAGUUCUGUACAAGCGCUACAUCGAUGAUGUUUUCAUUGUGUGGAACCUCGGUCCGGAACUUCUGCAGAGUUUCCUAGAUCACUUCAAUAAUGCCGAUCCUAAUAUUAAAUUCACUCACCAAUCCACGGAGUUGACUGGCUCAAUCAAUUUCAUGGACACGACCGUCCAUGUCUCACCAGAUGGAUCUAUAUCCUAUGAACUAUACCGCAAGCCAUGUCACAGCGGACUGGUAUCAGACUACAACUCGUCAGUUCCCAACCAGCAAAAGAAAGCAAUUGCUUCCUCUGAGUUCCUGCGUGCCGUCCGCCUAUCCUCCGAUGCCGACACCCUAAAAAGAAGUGAAGAAAAAGUAACCAACAUCCUAAAAUUCAACAACUUCCCAGAGUCAGUUAUAGUUUCGGCACGUGAACGAGCUAUGCGCCCCCGACGUGUCAGAGUGCAGAAUGAAUACCGUGUCACCCUCAACCUACCGUUUCACACCGAGUAUAUCCACAACAAAAUUCAUAAAUUACUCCGGAAGUACAAGAUAAAUGCCCAGCUGAUUUACAGGAACCGCCGUCUAAGUUCUAUGAUUUGCACGUCUGCCCUCCGCAAACCACCAUGCCGCAGGUAUGUAGACCCGUCCAGGCCCCGUAAACGGGGGCGGCCCAAAGCUGCUUGUGUCGCCUGCAUGUCCGGUUCAGGGGCAUGCACGGAGCGAAAUGUUGUAUACCACCUGGAGUGCAAAUGUGGUGAUAGAUAUGUCGGAGAGACGUACCGCAGCCUCGCUACCAGGACAAAAGAACACAACGACGACGCACGCAACACAGUGAGCGGCACCGCGCUGGGUGAGCAUUUCGCGGCCAAGCAUGCAUCUGACCCAUUGCCAUUGGGAGCAACGGCUUUCUCAGGUAUCCGGGUUCUCGGUUCUGAGCGUGACCGCCCCAGGAGGAGGAUCCGGGAGGCCAUUAAUAUCAGGGAGCGAUCCCCGGAAAUUAACAAUAACAGUGGCUGGGAUCUGCUAUAACACCACCUUACUGCGAGUGGCGCGGGGCUCUAGACACCUCACUGGUGGUGUGAGACUGGAACUGGGCUGUUAUCACUGCUGUAGCGCAGUAUCUACUUUCCUCGCCGUUUGUGCUUGUGUUGUCAUGUAUAUGUAGUAAUGCACACCCGCAAUGACGUGCUUUGCACUUCUCUACGCGCGCUGUCACUAUGUACCGCGCUUUGCUUGCUUGCCUCCUUCUUUUAUA